AGGCCAGUUUAAUCCUUCUCUACCCCCUCCCAGAUUCCUGUCUACCACAAUGGAUGUGGCCUCUCGACAGACAAUGAGGCUGAUUCGGCCCUCAAAUAACCGAUCCCUUCUCUCCAGCCCUCGCAUUGCCGGCGCUGCUCUCCCGACUACAUACCCUCUCAACCGCAUUCGACGGAGAAAUGCUUCAAGCACCCCUCGGAGACUUGCCCCAGAAACCUCAUUUCUGCCCCUAGGAUCUGGAUCCUCAUCCAGCGCACCACCUACCUACUUCUCCAAUCGCACUUCCCUUCCUGUCAACACCGUUGUUCGCUUCGUCCCCCAACAGACAGCAUGGAUCGUCGAGCGGAUGGGCAAGUUCCAUCGGAUUCUAGAACCCGGUCUCGCGAUCUUGAUCCCAUUCUUGGACCGGAUUGCCUAUGUUAAGAGUUUGAAGGAGUCGGCUAUCGAGAUACCCAGUCAGAAUGCCAUCACGGCCGACAAUGUCACCUUGGAAUUGGAUGGUGUGUUGUACACGAGGGUCUUUGACGCGUAUAAAGCCAGUUACGGAGUGGAGGAUGCCGAGUAUGCCAUUUCUCAGCUUGCGCAGACGACCAUGCGUUCGGAAAUCGGACAGCUUACCCUGGAUCACGUCUUGAAGGAGCGCGCUACGUUAAAUACCAACAUCACACAGGCCAUCAACGAGGCUGCGCGCGAUUGGGGUGUUGUGUGUCUGCGGUACGAGAUCAGGGAUAUUCACGCCCCGGAGGGUGUUGUUGCGGCCAUGCACCGCCAGGUUACGGCAGAGCGAUCGAAGCGCGCCGAGAUUCUCGAGUCCGAAGGUCAGCGACAGAGCGCAAUCAACAUUGCUGAAGGUCGGAAGCAGUCCGUCAUCCUGGCUUCCGAGGCUAUGCGGACCGAACAGAUCAACCGUGCUGCGGGUGAGGCCGAGGCCAUCCUGCUGAAGGCCCAGGCGACCGCCAGAGGUAUUGACGCUGUCGCUCAGGCGAUUGAGGCUGGUAAGGACAAUGCUUACGGCGCUGUCAGCCUCAGCGUUGCUGAGAAGUACGUUGAUGCCUUCUCCAACCUUGCCAAGGAGGGUACUGCCGUGGUUGUUCCCGGUAACGUUGGCGACAUGGGUGGCAUGAUUGCCAAUGCCAUGGCUGUGUACGGCAAGAUCAAUGAGAGCCAGGCCAAGACCAUCGCAGCGAAGUCCUUGGGAGUCCAGGAGCCGGUCCAGAAGGAGACCUCUUCCACCAGCACCAAGUCGGAGCAGACACCAGAGUACGACAACGUCGACGCGGAGAAGGAACACAAGACUCCUGAUGCCGUUCAGGAUGUUCUAGAAGGAUUCGACCAGGUUAGCCAACAGAAACACCAAUGAACAAAGCGGCAUCCAUGUUCUUCUAGCUUUUCUUAGCCUUGUUGUUUGACUAUGAUUGACCAUUCUCCCUUUGCGGUUGCCUCAUUAUAAUCGCCGAUUACGAAACUUCUGGAUGAAUUGCCCAUUAUCCUACCCAUUUUGUAUCUCUAUUGCCCUAUGUGCCCCGCCAGGUACUGAUGCAUGAUGCUUCCGGAGUUCUACUCAAAUGAGAGCUACGACUACCGGGUGUUGAGCGCGUGCAUCACUUCUAGCAGUUGGCGAAACGGGUGUCAGUCUUUGUCUGGAUCAUGUACAGUAGACAAAAGUGG